CAUUUCCCUUUUACUAUCUGUUUACCUAUGUUGUGCUGAAAAACCGAAACCAAGCAUAGCCAUAACAUAACAUAAAUAAACUUUGUUUUUUGUUAUAUUCUUCCUUUUAUUUUCUCAGUUGAAGUUGUCUUUGUUUCUCUCUCUCUGUCUCUCUUGUUCCUUUGGCCAUGAUUGCAAAUAAAGAUCUUCGUAAUGGUGUUGCUGACUCUGAUGGUGAAACCUCCAGGAACAAGUUUUCAAGACCCAAUUUUGAGCCUAACAAACGUUACCCAGAUGACAAAGAUGUUGUUUUUCUCAGAGAUUCACAUAUGGGUGCUGGUGCUUCUGCUUUUGGUGGCCAAGAACUAACCCUCAGCUAUCUCUGUGGAAACCAAAAAUUGAAUCUUGCUGAAAAAGAGAUUCAUGGUGAAAGCUUUCUGAUGAGUCAAAAGGGUAAAGAGGUUAUGGUUUCUGAGAAUUCAAAUCAAGAUGGAAAAUGGGUUGAAAGAGAUUUUCUUAGUUUGAGUGAAACAAGAGAGGAUUCUUCAAAGAGAUCUGUUGAAGAAGAUGUUGAAAGAGAAAAUAUUAGAGAUAAAAAACCAAAGCUUGAGACUUUGAAUCUCUCUCUUGCUUUACCUGAUGUUUCUCUUUCUCUUACUGCUUCAAACGCUGUACACAACAAUGGUGAUCAACAACAUCAAGUAGUUAGAGCAAAAUCUAACAGGCCUUCAACUACACACACUUCAUAUUCAAAUGAUUAUACAGCACCUUCUUUGUCUUAUUCUUAUUCACACCAAUUUUCACAUAAUCCAAGUUGUUCAUUAACUCGCAAUUCGACCGAUAAUUUUGAUUAUUCUGUUAGCAAAGAUGAUCAAAUUUGGAAUUGUGGUGAAGGGACUAAUGGUUCUGUUCAUAGCAGGUUUAAACCAAUUGGAGAUGGUGUUGUUGCUUUGUCAAAUCAUGGUGGUGGUGGAACUAGUCUUAGUUCAUUCAUGCAGCAAGGUAAUAAUACUAGUUCAGAAAAUCAUUCUUUUUUUCCUUCUGAAUUGCCUGCUAGACCUAGAUUUGAAGCUCAUUCAGGGGAUUCUAGGGGAAGGAAUUCUGAGAAUAUGAGAGUGUUUGAAGGUUUAGAUGGUGGUAAGAUGAGGAAUGUUUCAAGAGCAGAGAGAAUUGUUAGGGAGAUUGUUUCCGAAUCUAUCCCUAUUGUUUCAAUGACAAUUCAAGAGCUUACCGAUGAAGUUGUAGCUUCAAUGAAGGAAUAUUUGAAGAAUCUGAUUGAGAAUAAGAAAGAAGAAUUGGUCGGCCUUCAAAACCGGCUUGAGAGAAGGUCUGAUCUUACCGAGGAGACUCUUUCGAAGUGUAAUAAAGUUCAGCUAGAGAUUUUAGUUGCUGUCAAGAUGGGACUGUCGAGCUUCUUAUACGGUAAUCUUCAAUUAUCUGAGAUGGUAGAGGUUUACUUGUAUAGGAGAUGUAGGAAUGUUACUUGUAAGAGUUUGCUUCCUGUUGAUGACUGUGACUGUAAGAUUUGCUUGGGAAAUAAAGGGUUUUGUAGUUCUUGUAUGUGUCCUAUUUGUUUGAACUUUGAUUGUGCAAACAACACUUGUAGUUGGAUUGGAUGCGAUGUUUGUUCACACUGGUGCCACGCUGUUUGUGGCAUCCAGAAGAAGCUCAUCAAGCCAGGACCAAGUUUGAAGGGUCCUUCUGGUACCUCGGAAAUGCAGUUUCAUUGUAUUGGAUGUGGACAUGCCUCGGAGAUGUUUGGAUUUGUCAAAGAUGUGUUCAUGUGUUGUGCAAAGGAUUGGGGAGUUGAAACCUUGUUGAAAGAGCUUGACUGUGUGAGGAGGAUUUUCAUGGGAAGUGAAGAUCGCAAAGGGAAGGAAUUGCAUUUUAAAACCGAUGACUUGCUAUUAAAGCUUCAAACUAAAAUAGUAUCUCCUUCAGAUGCCUGCAAUUACAUCGUGCAAUUUUUCAACUAUGCUGAAAACAUGGCAAACUUUCCGGUUCCAGCCUCUGGUUUUUCUUCAAAGGAAUUGAUAGCCUCUCAAGCCAACCAUCCAAAGGACAUACUAUCUCUUCCGAAAUCUAGUUCUUCAAUACCAAAAUACGCUUACGACUCGAGCUAUUCUAGGCCACAUUCCAAUGCCCCGUCAAAAGAUCUUCAUCAAAAAGACCUCAAAGCUUCCAUCUUAAGUGAACUAAAAAAUGACGCUGAUCUUCAAUUGGCGGCUUUACUAAGCAAAGGUGGAAUUGAAAGUUUGGAGAGCAUUGUUCGGAUAAAGGAGGCAGAAGCCAAAAUGUUCCAAACCAAGGCAGAUGAAGCGAGGAGAGAGGCUGAAGGGUUCCAAAAGAUGGUCAGAACAAAGACUGCACAGAUGGAAGAGGAGUAUGCGACAAAGCUUUCGAAACUAUGUCUGAAUGAGACCGAGGAAUCGCAGAGGAGGAAAUUGGAUGAGCUGAAAGUUGUGGAAAAUUCCUAUAUUGAUUACUUUAAAAUGAAAAAGAGAAUGCAAGAUGAGAUUGAUGGUUUGUUGCAGAGAAUGGAGGCAACAAAGCAGCAUUGGGUUUAACUUUCUUUUAAUAUUAUUAUUAUUAUUAUUUGUUUUUCUUACUCAGGAUACUGCUAAAACAUGUGUAACUUAUUGAAGUUCUGCUGUGGUAUUCUGGUUGUUUCCAGAAUGGAUGAUUUUCAAUUUUCGAUUUUCAAUUUAUAGAUUCAAGAUUUUUGUGUUUCA